CCCCGCGCCAGCUGCGCACUGCGGACGCCCAGCGGCGCCAAAAACUUAGCGCCCGGGACCUGACUCGCGGACCCGGCGACUCCUUGCAGCCUUAGCUCGUGCGCGCCACACCUCAGACCCGGCUUUGAAAUUCAUUAAAUACAAGUAAGAUACAGGCAACAUGUUCUACACACAUGUGCUUAUGAGUAAACGAGGGCCAUUGGCCAAAAUAUGGCUUGCAGCUCACUGGGAGAAGAAACUCACAAAGGCCCAUGUAUUUGAAUGUAAUCUAGAGAUAACCAUUAAAAAAAUUCUUUCACCCAAGGUGAAAAUUGCACUUCGAACUUCAGGACACCUUCUUUUGGGAGUUGUUCGAAUCUAUAACAGGAAGGCAAAAUAUCUAUUGGCAGAUUGCAGUGAAGCAUUUCUUAAAAUGAAGAUGACAUUUCGCCCAGGACUGGUCGACCUUCCAAAAGAGAAUUUUGAAGCAUCUUUCAAUGCUAUCACAUUGCCAGAAGAAUUUCAUGAUUUUGACACCCAAAAUAUGAAUGCUAUUGAUGUUUCAGAGCACUUUACUCAGAAUCAAAGCAGACCAGAAGAAAUCACUAUUAGAGAAAAUUUUGACAAUGAUCUACUUUUUCAAGCUGAGGGCUUUGGGGAGGAACCUGAAAUUCUUAGAAGACAUAGCUUCUUUGAUGACAACAUAUUACUGAAUUCCAGCGGUCCUUUAAUUGAACAUAGUUCCGGAAGCCUCACUGGAGAAAGAUCUCUGUUCUGUGACAGUGGAGAUGGGUUUGGAGAUGAAGGAGCUAUAGGAGAAAUUAUUGACAAUCUAUUGCAAGAUGAUCAGAAUAUCCUGUUAGAAGACAUGCAUUUGAACAGAGAAAUUUCCCUGCCUCCUGAACCUCCCAGUAGUUUAGUGGUUGAAGCAGAUAACCCAGAGUGUAUAUGUGUACCUGAAAAUGAAAAAAUGGAUGAAACAACCUUAUUAUCAACUGAAGAGGAAGGAUUUACCCUUGAUCCAAUUGAUAUUUCAGACAUUGCUGAGAAAAGGAAAGGCAAAAAGAGGAGAUUGCUCAUAGAUCCUGUCAAGGAGCUCAGUAGCAAAGUUAUACAUAAACAGCUUACUUCCUUUGCGGACACACUCAUGGUUUUGGAACUUGCACCUCCUACCCAAAGAUUGAUGAUGUGGAAGAAGACAGGGGGAGUGGAUACACUUCUGUCAACUGCUGCCCAGGAUUUGAUUCAUGCUGAACUGAAAAUGUUGUUUACAAAAUGCUUUCUGCCCUCUGGCUUUAAACUUGGAGGAAAAAUGAUACAGAAGGAGUCAGUAAGGGAAGAAGUGGGAAACCAAAAUAUAGUAGAGACAUCCAUGAUGCAAGAGCCAAAUUCCCAGCAAGAGUUAAGUAAACCCCAAACUUGGAAGGAUGUGAUUGAUGGAUCUCAGCAUAGCUCUCAUGAGGGUACCAAUAAAAAUAGUGACUCUGGGCAGGAUCUUGUUGAAAUGGUGUCAUUAGCUGCUGAGGAAUCAUCUUUAACAAAUGACUUAUUGGCAAAAGCAAUUGAAUAUAGUCCAGUUGAAUUGGAGUCAUUGAGGAAUGAACAAAAUAUUGAGACAGAGAGAUGGAAUCGAAGAAUACUUCAUAUGUUAAAUCUUUUACGGGAAUCUAACAAGAUGGGAAUGCAGUCCUUUAGUCUGAUGAAGCUCUGUAGAAAUAGUGACCGAAAACAAGCAGCUGCCAAAUUUUAUAGCUUUCUUGUCCUAAAAAAACAACAGGCUAUCGAGCUGAGCCAGAGUGCUCCCUAUGCAGAUAUUAUAGCUACGAUGGGACCAAUGUUUUAUAAAAUGUGAAGGAAAUCCAGACAUACAGAUUUAUGUCAUCACUGAGUUUCUGUGUAGAUUGUUCAAUUUAUUUAUUAAUGCAGAAGCCAUCUGGAAGCAGCUGAAGGUCUGAUCCAUUUUAUAGAUAGGCUGACCUAUUUCCUCUCUGUAAUUCAGAAUAAUCAUAGCUAGAAUUGGAAACCUACAUACUUACAAAGAAAUAUUUUAAAUUCUUUUUUUUUUUUUUUUUUUUUUUUUAAGGACAGAGGUCUCACUAUAUUCCCCAGGCUGGACUUGAACUCUGGGCUCAAGUGAUUCUCUUGCCUCAGCCUCCUGAAUAGCUGGGACUACAGGCACAUGCCAUCAUACCUGGCUCAGAAAUACUUAAUUAUAGCUAAGAAAUUUUUUUAACUUAGCUGAUUUGAAUAUAUAGCAUUUAUCAUUUCCCUGAUUUGAAUAUUGCAUUUAGGAUACAUUUAGGAUGCAUUUAAAAAAUACUAUAUGCUUUUGACAAACAUUCAAAGAUGUUUCUUAAAAGACCAUUUUAAGUUGGUAUAUUUGCUUGAAUUUUGUGGGGUUAAUGUUGAAAACGUCCUUAUUUCUACACAGAUAAUUUCUUUGAUUGUAAUGCAUAUCAUCCUUGAUUUGGCCUAAUGCCAUAGUUUUUAAUCUACUAUCUUAAUUGAAGAGUUACAAAGCUCAUCUUUGCUUUAAAUUACUUGAAUAGCUUUUAGUCUAUUUAUAGGUUAUUUAACCUUUUUAUUUACUAUUUAAUGAUUAUUAUGAUCACCAUUAAUGUGUCAGCAAAACUAAAUCUGCUUCUAUUUUUUAAAAAAUUAGCAGAUACUUGUUCAGCAUGUUGUUUGCAGCUAGUCUGAGUAAAGAUCACCAAAAUAAAUGUUCUUUUACUUGGUGUUUACUGA